AUCAUACGCCUCCCAUCUUCCAUGUUUACGUCAAAUCCUACCCAGGCAGCAGCGGAUGUUAAUGGAAAAGUGGGGCCACAAACGCCAACGUAUGAUCUGAAAACCCUGGAAGAGUUCUUCGACCCGACAUCUUCAUUAACUUACGGGAUACAAGAGAAACAGGCAGUGUGAGCAGAGCUCCCUUCUCUACCGCCCGUCAGGGGAACCAACAUGUCCAGUGACCCCCCUCCUCCUUAUCCAGGGGGCCCCAAUGCCCCUCUUCUCGAGGAGAAAAAUGGACAACCUCCAGUUGGUGCAGCAAAUGCUCCAGUAAUGACAGGACCGCCGCAGGGCCACCCCCUGCCUCCAGAAUACGGACCUCCACCUUAUGAAGCCAUUCUACAGCCUGGCUUUGUUCCACCGCAUGUGCCUGGUGAGAGCGCAAUGCCUAAGCCUAUGGCUGUACCAAUGCACAUGCACCAUCCCCACGGUGGUUACUACCCUCCCCCUGGGCAUUUUCCUCAUACAGUGGGAGUGGAGCACUAUGGUCCGGGGCCCAGUCACUUUGCCCCGGGUCACACAGCCACGGUUCUCGCCCCUCCUGGCGUAGCCACCACUGUGACCGUUCUGCAGGGGGAGAUGUUCCAGUCAGCUCCAGUGCAAACCGUGUGUCCACACUGCCAGCAGCCCAUCAUCACCCGCAUCAGCCAUGACAUCGGCCUCAUGAACACCCUCUUCUGUCUGUUCUGCUUCUUUGUCGGUUGUGAUCUGGGCUGCUGCUUGAUCCCCUGCAUGAUUGACGACCUCAAGGAUGUGACACAUACUUGCCCGAACUGCAAGGGCUAUAUUUACACAUACAAGCGCAUAUGCUAACAGUUAUAUGCUGACAACAAUCGUCCUGUGACCUCAGUCUGGUGGGUUGACAACUCACUUUCUUCUCCGUCUGAUACCCAUAUUUUUCUUUUCCGGCCCAUAUUUUUUGUCACUUCUCACUUUAUAUAACUAUCAAAUCUCACUCUUAAUGUACUGAGACUACAAUGUAGUUUGAGGCUAAAAUCUGUAAAAUGAAGCAGCGCUGUCUAGCAGAUAAUGAAGGAAGGAAUGAGAAACAUUUUAUAUGCAAAAACGAUUACAUUGAGUCAUUAAAGCACUAUUAAGUUUUUUUUUAUUUUUGCAACAAAAGUCUACGAGUUAGAGAAUAUGUGAAAUGGUAACUUUGUCAAGCUUGUAUGUGUAGUAAAACUGAAUUUCACUUCAGGUCAGUAUUGUUUUAUUGUAACUGUAGGAGCUGUUGUUUUAUGCAUUAUUUUAACAUGUAAAAAUGGAAGUCUUUGAAUGAGACUAUUAUUAAAGUCCUAGAGUAACGUUGCUUUUUCCUGUGAAAAUAUGUUUCUCUGUAUUUGUCAUCUUAUGCAAAUGUGAAAGGUUUUUUCUUUAACUUUUGUUUGUUGGUAAUAUUUGUUUCCAGUUCACUUGAUGUAAUAUGCAUUAUUGUGUAGAUCUGGUUGAUUUAAAACGUAGGGUUCUUUUACUCAAUAAGCUACUUUGAUAGAUCAGUAAAGCUUAUAGUGUGUUAAUACAAUGUAGUUCACGUUAGGGUCAAAUACACAUUUACUUUUAAACUGUGAAUCAAAACUAUAGCUUCAGUGCUUCUUGAACCACUAUACUAGCUGUCUCUGUUGUCACUAAGCUACAGUAGAUGAAAGCUGUGAGACUUUCAGAUAAGCAUCAUUUUUUAUGUUAAUUUUGGUCAGGUUCUUUUCUUUUUUGGUGAGGUUCUGUUUUUUCCUUUACUUGAACCUCUUUAGUUCUUUCCUCUAAAGAGAGAGGAAGUUUUGGUAAAGGUUAUUUAAAUCUGCUUGCUGUUGGAAUUCUCCAGCAUAUUGAAGUCCGGUGCAUGACAUCACUGUAAUCUUUCACAGUGUUUCAUUGGGCCAUAUGUCCCUCCAGUGCUCUGAGCUCAACGCAUCACGCUGUGCCACUUGCUACACUGAGCUUCAGAACUCAAAAGAGAUGUACUGUUCACUGUGUGCAACAGGCCACAGGGAUUUAAGAGAUGAAUGUCCCAUUUCUCUGGAACGAUCGGAUUGUUUCAUUUUUGGCAUUUUCCUUGUCAUUUCUGCCAAGUUGUUUCUUAUGUGGAAGCUUUGAAGAUUUACAUUUUUGGAUCGUCCAAAAAGUGCUGGCCUACACUCUUAGGUGCUUCAUGAUGCCAUGGCUUUAACAUCCAAAAAAAGGUUCUUCUAUGGCAUUGCUUUGUAGAACCUUUUGUAGCACCUUUAUUUUAAGAGUGCAUCAGCUUGGUUCACAAUAACUGUUUGGCCUGGAUGCAGAAUACAGUUAAACAUUACAAAUGAUUCCAUCAUGUCUAAAAGAUGUUAUUUACGGCAUUGUUUUUCAAAAUAAUCUACAUCAGCAGUGCUGAGACACUAUAUAUCUGAAUAUUGUAUUACUGAAUGUUGUGUACUGCUUUCAACAAGGAGAUUCAGACAAGGUCAUAUUCUGUUUCUCUAUUAGACAAUCUUAGUACGUCUAUUAAAACAUCAGACUUCUCCUGUAGUGUUAAUCAUAAAAGAAAAAUAUAGUUCUUUCUGUGUAAAUGUGCACAAACCCACUGUGUGACCAUAUAUAUGAUUGUUUUCUUGAACCAGAUCUGUUGAGUCAACACCGAAUCUUUUAAUAGUGUUUGAACAUUUGCAUAUAAACAUGUACCUUUGUAUGUUUUUUUACCUCAUUUAUACUUGCUUCAUAGCAACCCUAACCGUAACUAACCCUCAACCUGCAAGCCAUGAGCCAUAAUUUCAUAACAGAUACAUGAUCUCUAUCUUCUACGUCUGAUUAUUGUAGAAUAAUCUCCAGUAAAUAUGUAUGCAUGUUCAUCGGAUUUACUUGCACAAUCCAGGCUGGCUCCCUUUAAUAUGCUCUUGACUAGGUCUACAUGCUUUGUGACUUGAUGCUGUGCCAGACAGAGUAAAUGUCAAGCUUGUGUUACCAGAAUGCAGCAACUGUAGAUAGAUGCCUUGAGAAUAAUCUGUGGCACAUGCAAUGCUAAACUGAAGUCUCCAAUGUAUAUGUAAAACUAAAUAUACUGACUGAUUAUUAUUUGAGGAAAUAAAUGGACAAACCAGA